AUGAGCGAAAGAGAUCUUGUUUUGGCCAAUUACAUGUUGGCAUCUAUUCAAAAGGACCUUGGCUUCCUCAAAGACAACCAUUACUUGAACGCCCAGACCUACAGUGAAAUAUGUGCACUUCUUCCUUCUACACUUUCUGUCAAUGACAACAGCCGCAACAACAGCAACAAUGCCGCUGCUGCUAACACUUAUAAAAAGCCUCCCCUUCCAACACGCAAGUCGGCAGGUUUGACACCAGGUCAAGCGCCUGUACCUGUCCCUCGUGAUAUGCCAAAACUACCAGCUCGUCGCUCGGCAGCAGAACAACAACCACAAACACAGCAACAGCAUUUACCUACGCCUGCACCACGACCUUCACCUCGUCCUUCACCUCGGUUGAACGCAGUAAACGUUAUGCCAAUGCCAGCUCCGGCUCCAGCACCAGCUCCGGCUCCAGAACCCGUUGUACGACAUUCCCCUGCUCCAGCACCAGCUCCAGCACCAGCAGCACCAGCAGCGGCCGAACCAUCGCCAGCUUUACCACCACCUGCAUACUCUAGCACUUCUCCUUUGGCUACCGUAGAAGCUAUCUAUGAUUAUGUAGGCGAUGAUCCAAAGACAGAUCUUAGCUUCCGUUGUGGUGAUGUGAUUCAAAUCACUGAAUAUGGCAAGUGCUCACGCGUCAACGACGACUGGUGGCGCGGUGAACUUCAUGGCAAGUCCGGCAUCUUCCCUCAAAACCAUGUCAAAAAAACAACCGCACCUGAACCCGCCAAGCGUGCUGUCCCUCCAAAACCUGCUGCUGCACCAUCACCUCCUCCUGCCGCCCAGCAGCACUAUCAGCAACAACAACAACAACAACAACAACAACAAACACCAUCUUCUUCAACAACUGCACUACCAUAUAGUUACCCGCCUCCUCCAACAACAAUGUAUUAUGCUCCACCUCAACAUCCGCCAGCGCAAGCUUAUUAUGCUCCUCCUCCUCCCACGGGUCAACCUGUAGUCGUACAACAAGACGAGCAUCAUGAAGAAGGAGGUGGCAAAGUGAAUAACAUGGCUAAAAAGUUUGGCGGAAAGGUCGGUGAAGCAGCAGUAUUCGGCUUUGGCGCUACUCUGGGUAGUGAAGCUGCUCGUGCCAUCUUUUAA